AUGGAAGAAGAGAGUACGGAGUGUAUCCUCACCCAAGAGGCCACCUUGGAGCCUUCGGGGACCUGUCGGAAGGGUCUCCGGAGGACGACGGGCCCCAUGAAGCGCUCAGCAAACGGAAUCUGGACAGAGGAGGCGGAUAAGAAGUUAGCCCAAGCAGUCGAAAAGCACUGCGCCAAGAACUGGAAAGCUAUAGCUAAUGAAAUCCCGGGUUGCUCUGACAUUCAAUGCCUGCACCGGUGGCAAAAGGUUCUCAAUCCUAAGCUUAUAAAAGGACCCUGGAGCAAGGAGGAGGAUGAUCGUCUCAUUCAGCUAGUUCACAAACAGGAUACAUCAAACCUAAAUUGGUCUAAAAUUGCAAAACAUGUCCAGAGUCGUGGCGGCAAGCAAUGCAGAGAGAGGUGGUAUAACCAUUUAAGGCCCGGCAUAAAUACAAAUCCCUGGACCAGAGAAGAAGAAUUCAUUCUCGAUAGUGCCCAGAAGAAGUAUGGAAACAAGUGGGCAGAAAUAGCUAAGUCAUUGCCCGGAAGGACCGAGAAUGCGAUUAAGAAUCUCUGGAACAGCUCGUUCAAGAACAGGGCGGAACAUCCUUCAACUUCUUGUCCUGAUCGCUCUAGCUCACCUGUGACCACAGAACGGGGAAGCCGAAACCCGGAGGCGACCCCAGACAUGGACUUGCCUCUUAAGAAACGUAAAAGCUGUGGAGCUCCAAGAGACGAAGCAAAUCGCAUUGCCAUCUGUGCAUCGGAUACCGCUUCUGAUGGGGAAGACAUUGCUGUAAGUGCUUCAACAUGUAAAAGGUACUCGCAUGGUGAUUCUGAUUUGGAAUAUGAUCACCUAACUGCCUACUAUGCCAAAACAAAGUCCAGUUCUAUUCAAAUCGCUCCAACAGUGUCGUCUUUAACUAUGCGCAGCGAUGAUCAUGCAACACCGUCAUGUCCAGAAAAAGAAGCCAAUAAACGCGAUGAUCCAAUCCCUUCUCUUUCCGAGCCUUUGAUGCCAUCUCCAGUGGCUUCUGCCAGAUCCCGCAAGAGCCUUUGCAAGUUCAUCCAUCUGAACAGCUUUCUGCUUCCUAAACGCUGUCUGAGUCCCAACAGAUGGAUCAUAGAGCCCAGUAGGAGUAGAACGAAGCCGGCUUCCCCUCACACUCCUUCAGGACAUGAUGAAGGGAGUUCGGCCGAUUUGGGAAACGCCACAUCUUGGUUGAGGAGUGCUGCGAGUAGUUUUAAGAACAGGCCAUCUAUUAUAAGUCGCCCAAGAGCCCGAGCUAAUAAGAAGAGUCACAGAAGUCCGGCCGGGGAAAGUACAGAAGAUUCUGACAGCAGCAUCUUCGAUUUCAACAGCAGCGUAAAAUCAAAAUCCAAACAAGUUAACAUAUCUCCCACGAGUAUGACAGCUCAAGAGAAUGGAACUUCUGCCGCCGGGAAGCCUCUGCGGAGAUCCCUCGAGGAUGCAUUUGACAGUGCCGCAGAUGUUGCAGACAACGUCUCUUGA